CAGUCGAGCCGCGACUACCGAGCGGUGAACGUAUAUUUUGUAAUUUCUUUUCGAUUUUGACGGGAAAUUAAAAAAACGCGGGGGGAAAGGAGGGAUUUGAAAGCAUCGUUGCAUCGUGUACGACAUGAAUUUUAAUUGGAACGUGCAGGAUUCUGGUGUUAAAAAUAGCUACGCGAAGCACGUCUUGCCGAAAUUUCGCGUGUAAACAGAAGGUGAAGGAGGACACGCGAUUCGUUGCUGCAUGUCCACGCACGCGUACACGUUCUUCACGAUAUAUCGUAUUGAAAUGUGUAUCGUAGCAAUUGUGGCUUCGCGUGACCUGUGAAUAUUCUAUUCGUAAAACGCAAUACGGUUUCCAUGGAAGAUCGUUCGAAUUUUCAUCUGCGCAUUUGUCGAUUAGAUUCUGGAAUCAUUCAAUCGCUAGUUUCAAAACAAAGCCUUGAGGUAAAUUUAUAGCUGUGGAAAUAUAAACAAAUACCGGUUGUGUCCAUAAUUCUACUAAACAAAAACGUUAGAAUAACAUACCGUGUCUCCAACGUAUCUUUAGACGUAUAUUAUUGUCGAGAAAGAUAAGAGUGAAUCGAUUUCCAACUGUAUAUCGAUCGAUAUUUUUCGAGAGUUACUCUAUCUCGACGUUAACUUCGCACAAAAGAGAUAGCUCGCGAGAAAAAGAGAAUCAGAACAAUCGAAUCUCGAUUCUAGCGGAUUUUUCAAAUGGCAAAUGGUUCGAUAAAAUUGUAUGCACCGCGUCCUGAUCUUUACCUCGCGUUUUGCAGCGUGUUGCGAGCCCUGAAGGUUCUGUCUAAGUAACAGUACUUCCUCGCGCUCGGUGGAGUAAGCCUCUCUCCGAAGAACGGGACCCACACUCCACGAGUCCGCUCUCUACACGCUCCUCGCCUCCCGCCUCCUCCCGCCUUUCCGUCGAACACACUCUUUCUGUGUAUUUCCCUCUCCCUCUGUCGUGUCCGAAGUAGUCUGGCCGGUCGAGCACGGGGAGUCUCGUGAAACCAGUCCUCGUACGGUGGACCUCUCGGUUGGGACCUGGGCAAAGAGAGGAGGUCGCUUGCUUCUCCUCUACACCGGCACCUUCUUGCACCUGCCGUGUGAUUCCAAGUUUUUUGGCUUUCCAAACUGAUGUCUUCUGUGUCAACCUGUUCGAAAUAGCUGCAAGAUUUCCCGUGCUCGCGUUUUGAUAUAGUGAGCUUCUAAUUGUUUUCCCGCGAAACUGAGACGCCCUCCAUGUUUAUUAUAUAAACUAGUCGUAGGAGAAGACAUCGGUCAUUUGUUAAGUGACACGGUUUUAUUUGCGAAUGUAUUCGAAAAUUUUAAAUACAAUUUUUUAGUGUAACGUUUACUUAGGUUUGAGUGUCUAUGUUCCGAAUACGACUCGUGAUUCAUUCAAGGAGAAGAGUUUAAAAGAUCUUAGUGUAUAAAGUUGAAACGUUUGUAAUAAGAUAUAUUUCUCAUCCUUUUUAUGUAAACGUGAUGUUUACGUUAAAAUAUAUGGCCUUUAUAUCGUUUGAUAUCAAUUUUUGGAGAAUACCAAAGAUAAUUUUACGAGAGAAAAAAAUCGGCUGUCAAUAAUUAUUAAAAUCGGCGACACGUGCGAGCGAAUAGACUCGCGUGAAACGACAAUCAUCAUGCCAAUCGUUGUUGGAACGUAUAAGAGAUCAAAAUGUACUUUGGAAAAGUACAAUAACCGAAAGAAUUGAUUAUUUCAAAGGUUUCAAAGAAUUUGUCGUGGAUAUCAAGAUCAUCAAAGUUGCAGGAUUAUAAGCUAUCGAUAAUCGAUUGUACGAUCUCGAUAAUUUGGAAUCGAAAGCCAGUAUCGCAUUUUCGAUUAGUGGAAGACAUUGAAUCGCCAUUGUUGAAUUCUAAAAGAUUCGUUUAAGUGGGCAAAUUUGUGUUCUUAUUACGUUUUCUACUCGUUACAGUCAUAAUUACGUUACUGAUCGGUGACCAGUGAAUUUAAUCGCGAUUAUUUCGUAUAUAACUUGAUUCACGUGAAAAAUAACACGAUGGAGUGGUUAAUCGGGUCGAGAUCAUAAAAGUUGAAAGCAAACACAAAGCAAGCAAUUCAAACCAGUGUUCUUUUUUUUUUCCACGUGUGCGUGUCUGAGUUUGUGUAUUUUGUUUCGUUUUUAUUUCACUUAUAGUCGUUAUUCGUGUGCUUGAACUUCGAAACAAAUCGAUGGAUCAACGCUAAAGGUCUCUUUAAAGAAUUCGCAAAGAAACAGCCAGAAAUGAAGACUACACAACGCACGUUAAGUUUUGACGAGACGUCGAUGGAUAGCUGUCCCUUGGCGGCAAUCACCGAGACGAGGGGGAACGAUUUGUCAAAGGAUGGGAACGAAGUGGAGGUGACAUCGUUAGAGGAAGCGAAAUCCGUGAUAGCGGCACUUCGGGCGAGGCAAAGGGCACAGGCGCAUCAAAUGCUCGCCUGGCGAAGGACAUUAAAGUUGCAGGAGGAUCUCGUGGCUCGAUUGACAAGGGAGAAGGCGGAACAGCUACGGACAUUGUCCUCGCAGUUACUGCUCUUCGAGUCGAGGCUUUGUCGGAAGCAGAAGGAGAUCGAGGCUAGUCUGGCGCAAAGGGAGUCCAUUAUUCUCAGACAACAGAGGGUGAUUCGUCAACUGCAGAGCAGAUUGGCGGAAAGAAGCACCGGUACAAGGGAUUCGCCACCUUGCGACGCCCUCGAUAGAUUGGAUAGCCUUGGAGAUAGUGACAGUGCUGUCGUUCUCGAGGAGGCGGCGGAUGAUCUAGCACCGCCAAGGUUCCGCUCGAACAUCACCGACGUUACGGUGAUUCGAUCGGUCUCAGACGCUGUCGAGCCAUCGAGCAAAUACUCGUCGAUGCGACGAUGCAACGGGUUCCUUAGGAGACCGGAAAUUUUAGAGACCGUUUACUCGGUUGAAGAAGAUGGCGACAGCGAGAACAAUCAGGACCCGUCCGAGUCAACCGAAAAUUCCGAGUGCGAGGAGAGACGGGCAAAAAAUUUGGGAAACGGGAAGGGCAGACUUCAGGAUUUGUAUGGCAGUUUUGAGAGACUUGCUCAAGAGGCGGAUUCUCCGCCGAGCGAAAGGCCGAGGGACGAAAGUCAGCAGGCGCAGGUCACGUACAACAGGGUAAUGAGCAAUCACAGAUCAGUCACAAAGCCAAAAGACGUAAAGUACAAGAGGAUAAACAAGGCGAAAUCGAAAAGCUUGGAAGAACUGAGGGGACGGUUGAGAAAUUGGGUGGAAAAAGGGAACAAAAUCGCUAUAUCGCUGGAUCAAUCUUACGCCUGAAUCUUUUAACUCCCUUUGAAAGUAUAUUUUAAAAAAUUUUUUAAAAACGGCGAUCCAAUUGGUCGAUUACGUUCUUCACUGUCAUUCGUGCGCAAAUCAAACAACCAAUCAAUCGCCGUUCUAUAUUUACAUUGAAAUUCUCAUCGCUCCAUGUGAUAUUUACUGUAGUGUUUCGAAAAUUAAAUUAGAAAUCUUAACGCUGUUGCGCGUCGACAAUUUUAACACUUGUGAUAUAUAUAUAAAUGAUUUUACGAUAAUGAAACACAAAGUUAUCUAGUUGAUAAUAAUCAUCGCGAUUAUGAAAUGAUAAGAAGAUUCGCAGAAUGGAGAAGGAAAUGGGACAAGAUAAUCGAGAAUAUUUGCUAUUCGUACGUAAAUUUGAGAAAAAUCUUGCCGAGAAUGUUCUCUCUUUCUUUCUCUUUUCUCUCUAUUUCUCUUUCUCUCUCUCUCUCUCUUCUUCGUGUCUUCCCUUUCGCAUAAAUUUUAAAUUAUAUUUUCACGAACUCGCGUUGCCAAAUUGUAUGGCGUACAAUAUCCAAUCUUUAUACGGUUGAAUCUCGAUAAUUCGAAUUUCAACAUGGAGGUAAAAUCUUUCAAUUGUAAAGAUUUUAUUUUAUCCAAGUUUUCGAGUAAAAAAACAUUCGACAAAUAAAGAUUGGACAAAAAACAAAACAGUAUCGAAUGAUCGAUUAUUGAAAAG